AUGUCGGGAAAUAUUCUUGACGAGAAGAGCGAUAUCAAGCAUGCUGAGUUUGCAGAUAUUGAUGACAUAGACUCAGCUGCAGAGAAGAAAUUACUACGCAAGGUAGAUCUUCACGUUGUUCCUGCUCUAUUCGCUCUGUUUCUACUCGCCUUUCUCGAUCGUGUCAACAUCGGAAAUGCCAAGAUCUUCGGCCUUGAAGAAGAAUUGGGGAUGACUGGCUCACAGUACAGUAUUGGCUUGAUGGUGUUCUUCGUACCGUAUAUUAUCUUGGAAGUCCCAAGCAAUAUUAUGAUACGAAAGAUUGCACCCUCAACCUGGCUCUGUGGAAUUAUGUUUCUCUGGGGUAUCGCGACGAUCGGUAUGGGUUUGAUCCGAAACUUUGGCGGCUUGAUUGCCAUGAGACUCCUACUAGGAGCCUUUGAGGCAGGGCUUUUUCCAGGGUGUGUUUAUCUUAUAUCAAUGUACUACAAACGUCACGAGCUUCAAUGGCGGAUGAGUCUUUUCUUCUCGGCUAGUAUUCUCGCCGGCGCGUUCGGCGGUCUUCUUGCCUACCUCAUCGCAAAUCUGGAUGGCAAAGGUGGCUAUGCUGGCUGGCGCUGGAUCUUCAUUAUCGAAGGCCUAUUGACCUGCGUGGUUGCCGUCAUUCUCAAAUACUUUGUCGUUGAUUGGCCUGAAACUGCCAAGUUUCUGACUGAAGAAGAGCGCGCCUUGUUAUCUCGGCGGCUGACGGCAGAUGUCGCCACAGCUAAAAUGGAUCGCCUGGACCGCGCUGCAAACAAAAGGAUAUAUGGCGACUGGAAAAUUUGGUGCGGCACCUUUAUGUACAUGGGAGCAUUGACAACAGGAUAUGCUUCAUCUUUCUUCCUUCCGACAAUCAUAAAAGAGCUUGGAUUCACCUCUACAGCUGCUCAAGUCCGUUCAAUCCCGAUAUUUGUUGUCGCGGCCGUCCUGUCCCUCACGGUAGGCUGGGUGGCAGACCGUGUUCGUCAUCGAUAUGCCUUUAUCAUGCUUGGCGUGGCAUUUGGCACGGUCGGCUAUUCUAUCUGUUUGGGCCAGAAUGGUCUACCCACCGGAGUCAAGUAUAUGGCCUGCUUCUUCAUCACCAGCGGUGGCUACAUGGCACAGCCUGUGACUUUAGUGUGGCUGUCAAACAAUGUUGGAGGUCACUACAAGCGAUCGAUAUCCUCGGCAUUGCAGGUGGGCCUUGGAAACUGUGGAGGAAUCAUCGCGUCCAAUGUCUUCAUAUCCAAUCAAGCUCCCCUUUAUCCAGUGGGAUACGGUGUGAGCUUGGGUAUGCUUCUUUUAACGAGCAUCACAGCGACGGCUUUCUUGUUUGGCUUGAAGCAUGAGAACAAAAUGAGAGAUCAAGGCAAACGAGACUGGAGACUUGGGGAGCCAGAUCGUGAGGUCGAGAACAUGGGAGAUGAUCAUCCGCAUUUCCGAUUUACGCUCUGA